ACUAGUCCCAUGCACGGUAGCUCCUCCUCACCCUUCAGUCAGCUGUCACGUGGUAUCCGCCGCAAGCAUGCGAGCUUCCAUCAUUAGAGACGACAUUGAGAAGAUGGGGGUGUGUCUUCUCCACGCCCUCCCGCCCCAAGACGCGUCAUCGACGGACUCAUCUUCGGAUCCACGCAUCACCGAACUUCUCGACGCCUACAGCGACGUGUUCGAAGGCCCGCACGGAGUAGUAUCGGAUCGACCCAUCCACCACGAGAUCAUCCUCGAGGACGGGGCCGUACCUCCACGCGGUUGCAUCUACCGAAUGAGUGAGGAAGAGCUAAGUGUGCUUCGGGCACAACUCAACGACCUUCUGGAGAAAGGCUGGAUUCGGCCUAGCUCAUCGCCAUACUGUGCUCCUGUUCUCUUCGUCCAGAAGAAGAACAAGGAUUUGCGGUUGUGCAUCGAUUAUCGCAAGCUCAACACGCAGACGAUCAGAAACGCCGACCCUCUCCCACGCAUCGACGAUCUUCUCGAGCGACUGGGCGGCGCCAAGUUCUUCUCCAAGCUCGAUCUCAAGUCGGAAUAUCACCAACUCGAGAUUCGCAAGGAGGAUCACUACAAGACCGCGUUUAAGACGGGAUAUGGGCAUUUCGAAUGGCUGGUCAUGCCAUUUGGCCUUACGAAUGCCCCAGCCACUUUCCAAGCGGCUAUGACAACGGAGUUCCGACACAUGCUGGAACGCUACGUGCUUAUCUACCUCGACGACAUCCUGGUGUACAACCGGAGUUUGGAGGAGCAUGUGGAACACCUGCGCACCGUUUUGGAGCGGCUACGUCAAACCAAGUACAAAGCCAACCACGACAAGUGCGAAUUCGCGCGGCAGGAGCUAGAGUACUUCGGACACUAUGUGACGCCGAAAGGCAUCCGUCCGCUUGCGGACAAGAUUGAGGCCCUACGAGUAUGGCCCGAGCCCACCAACACCACGGACGUUCGUUCAUUCAUGGGGUUGGCGGGCUACUAUCAGCGAUUCAUCACCGGAUGCUCCAGGAUUGCUGCACCUAUGACGAGGUUACAGUCGCCAAAGGUGCCAUUCGUAUUCGAUGACGACGCACGCCGUCUUGGAACAGCACGACGGCUACGACUGGCACCCUGUGGAGUCAGCCACAAAGUGCCUCCCAUCAACUCGCUUGAUGAUGCAACGAAGAAGGAGCUGCUCGCAUUCGUCAUGGCUCUCAAGCGAUGGCGGCACUUCCUCCUUGGGCGUCGUAGGUUCACAUGGGUUACGAACAACAAUCCAUUGACCUACUACAAGACGCAGGAUAUGGUGAGCCGCACGAUCGGACGAUGGAUGUACUUCAUCGACCAGCUUGACUUCACACCGAAACAUCUUCCCGGCCUCUCAAAUCACGCAGCAGAUGCACUCUCGCGGAGACCUGAUCUUUGCGCUAUGACACAUCAUGCCUUCGCAUUCGACGAGGAGCUUCAGCGACACUUCAUCCGGGCAUAUGAGUCUGAUCUGGACUUCGCCAUGUUGUAUGCACAGAUAUCUUCGGAUCACCCGCCGACCAGCCACUAUCCCAUUGCCGAUGGGUACUUGCUCCUCCACUCGAGAGGCAAGGACUUACUAUGUGUCCCACGCGACCGCCGUCUUCGGACUCGCCUCCUCGGCGGGUAUCAUGAUUCACGACUCGCCAGCCAUUUAGGAGUCAACCGCACUAUUGCACGGCUUCGACAGCGAUUCCGAUGGCCCGACCUCAUUACCGAUGUCACUCAGUAUUGCGACUCUUGCGAAGUUUGCCGACGCAGCAAGCUCCGCAACCGCAAUCCCUACGGCGAGUUACGCCCGAUGCCUAUCCCACGGGAACCCGGGCUCUCCAUUGCCAUGGACGUCACCGGUCCGUUCCCUCGCGACCGGCUCGGGCACGACGGCAUCCUCACGGUUGUGGACCGAUUGAAAGACAUAGUCAGCGACCGCGACACCCACUUCAUGUCGGCAUUUUGGACUGCUCUCAUGCAGGAGUCCGGCACGAAGAUGAAACCAAGUUCGGCUCGGCACCCACAGACGGACAGGCAAACGGAGCGGGCACAUCAAACCGCUCAAAUGAUGCUUCGUACGCUCAUCCGUCCGGACCAGAAAAAUUGGGUUGACCGCCUCCCCGACAUCGAGUUCGCCUACAACACUUCGGUGCAUCCGGCGAUCGACGUGACUCCAUUCGAGUUGCACCACGGUGGACGGAAAGGCCGGAUCUUUGCCGACCUUCUCCUCCCUCGACCAGCCGACAUUGACGCUGCCUGCUCUCCCGCUUCCGUCCGGAAGUACAGGGAAUUGCUGACUCAAGCCCGCGCGAACAUGCAAAAGGCUCAAGUCCGCAUGCAGCAGCAAGCCAACAGGCAUCGCGUACCAUGUCCCAUCCACGCCGGUGAUCUGGUUUGGGUCUCCGCGGAAGAGUUUGCACUGGAACAGGAUGUUUCACGCAAACUGCUUCCCAAGUGGUUUGGACCUUGGUCUGUGACAGCAGCCGCGGGCGAUGAGCCCGAUGGCCCUUCAUUUGUGAUCAACAUUCCCGAGCACGGUCCAUCCAGUCAUUCCAAAGCUGGCAACAUAUACACCAGCUAAGAGCGACGACUUCCCGGGCCGACGAUCGCAGGACCCUCCUUCUAUGGAUGGUCAUCAGGAGGUUGACCGCGUCAUCUCGGAUCGCAAGUACAGCAGCAAGCCGCGA